UCUCCAGUGCAUAAGAAGGCAAUCUAUAUAAAAACCAUGUAUCUGCACCAAUGACUUAUCUAGUAUUGCCAAAAAAGCCCAAAAAUAUCAGACCAACUUUCACAAAAGCCAUCCAAUCAUUGAGCAGAACGAAUUUAAGCCCGAUUAUUUACACCUUUACUUUGACCUACUUUUGAUUCGCCGUGAAGCAGGUACCUGUUGCGUCGUGGUGUUGCGGACGGAAUGUGAUCUCAACAUACUUUAAAGGUUCGCCACAAACAACAAAAUGGAAGUGCUGCAUCACAGUUCUGUUUUCACUGUAGCUGCUUUCACAGUGUUAUGUCUCUCUGGUUGGGGGAUCAGUGCCCUGCCCAACCUCACCUGUCCCAAGGACCUGCCACAGGGGUGCUCAUGUAACGACACCACAGCCACAUUUACUUGCCGAAACACAAAAUUUCAAAAUGCCGAUGUUCUAAAACAAGUGCCACUGAAUGCAAGGACAGUUGUGUUCACUGGGAACAACAUCCAAGAGCUUCCUAUCAACGUAGUGGGAAACUGCUCCCAUGACAGCACACUGCAGCAUAAGAACUUAACCAGUCUGGAUCUUUCCAAUAACAGCAUCAGAGUGAUACCAGGCCAGUCAUUCCAUUGCAUUCCUAAUCUAAGAAUCCUCACAUUGAAUGAAAACAACUGGAUGCUGGACAACCACACGCGGGUGUUCAGCAAUUUGGGCAGUUUAGAGACUUUGAACUUAAGGAAUGCAUUGCAGGAUAAUCCUAGCACACAGUAUAUGACUUUCAUGCGUUUUAUUUUGACUGAUAGUAAUAUAAUUCAGUUGAAAUACUUGGAUUUAUCCAAGAAUGAGAUAGAAAUUUUUCCCAUUAAUGCACAGGAUAUGUUGUGCAAGAUCCCGAAUCUCCAGUGGUUGGAUCUGUCUAACAACAAGAUUGGCUCAAUAGGCACAAUGAACCUGAAUGUGACCUGCUCUAGCAAACUGAAACAUCUUAAUCUGACUCAGAAUAAUAUCUCAGUGUUGAAGUCAGAAUUCCUGACUGCUCUGAAAAAACUGCAGCUCACCAAUGUAUAUCUUGGUAACAAUCCAUUUCUCUGUGAUUGUGACUUACAGGAUUUCUAUAAUUGGCUGAAGGUGAGUAACAGCAGUCACUUCGUUAUUGACAAACAAACACUCCAAUGUGAAUUACCAAUACAACUGGCUGAUCACAAGAUUUUAGAUCUGACCCAGGGUGAACUGGUCUGCUCAGAGGACUUCCCUCAGAAGUCACUGCCUGGCUCCUAUGUGGCACUUAGUGUGGUCUGUGGCAUCCUGGGCGUACUGACACUAGCCGUUAUCUACAUGAACAGACACAAGGUCCAGGCAUGCAUGAAAAGGAUGACCAAGCCAUUCAGACUUACAGAAGACACCCACAUCGGCUACGCAGCAGUGCAGACCUCUCAGACAGGACAGGUGUGAUUGAGAUAUAGACAGUGUUGACUGUUCUCUUGCAGAUUUCCUGUACAUCUCAAAAUAUAUGUAAAAGAGUAUUUUAUUUGUAAUGAGGAUAGAUGUCAUUGUGAUAUAUAUAUAUAUACCUUAACUGUUAAAGCUAAAUUUUAAAAGGUGGUGAUGUUUUUUAAAACAGCAUUUAAAACUGGAGUCUGCACCCUCUCUUUGAGUAGUUCCAUCGUUUUUUAUGUCAAUUUAAUGCAUGCUCUAUGUUUUUACUUGUCCAAUGUAGAUGUAUAAAAUAUAGCAUUUCAGUAUUGAGGGUUAGAGCACUGCAAUGAAUUCUAAUGGAACCUUGAAUGGUAUCUAUUUGGUGAUUGACAUUUUUCAAUAAUUGGCUAUUUGACUAUUACCCAUGAUCAUUUCAUUAUCUCAAUCACAUUUCUAUCAACUAGUAUUAUUGAAUCAUUUUCAUUGUGUACUUAUGUGCCUAUUUCUCAGAAAAUUGCCAUUUUGAUAUAUUUGUCUGUGUCUAAUAAUCAUGUUAUUAGAUGCCAGUCCUGAGUUUUAUAUUCUUGCAGAUUAUCGGCUGUUGGGGUCAACUAGCCUACUCUAUGUACAGUACUUAAAACCAUCGCCUUCCUUUUAUUCAUAGUUACCAAUUACAAUCAGUUAUUUUUUCAUUGGUAUUUCUGCCAUCUUACAAGAAAGUAUCUGGAUUAGAUUGACACCAGAUUGGGUACCAUAUAGAUUGGAGUCUGUAAAAGGCAAGGUUUCAGUUUUUAAAUGAACCUGGCAGCUGUAUUGGGCUCUAAAACUUGGGGGGAAAAACAUCCCUAAUCUUAAUUCAGAGUACAGGGUUGUCGUGAUAUUACCCUUCGCAACUAUUGAUUCUCAGUCAUACUUUAUAGUAGCUCAUAAGAACAAGGCUAAAGAAAUUGUCCUUAAUUAAUAAGUAAGGUUAUGCCCUAUCUGAUGUCUUGGCAAUAGACAUUUACAGCUUGUAAUUUUCUUUUCCUUUCAUGCAAGCUCCAAUACAUGUGUGAAAAUCUCUAUAUGCCAUUGAGGUGUUUUAUCAUUAUCAUUUUUUAUGCUGAGAAGUGUUGUGGUACAUUUGUAUUUAUCACAGAGAUUUGUGUUGAUGAGGAUUUUGCAUGGCACUGUGUGUGUUGAUUGUAUUGCAAGGUGGAGAAAAACCUUUAAAUCAUGAAUAAUGUACAUGUAGAUAAAUGUGCUGUUUUGGAAUACAGAGAUGCUGUGAUUUUUAUGUAUUGAUUUGAAAUCUACCUUUAUAUAUAUGUAUAUAUAUAUAUACAUGCUUUAAUGUUAAGAAAUAUAAUUGUUAUUGUCAUGGUUAAUGUAGAUUAGUGUAAAUAUGCUGUUCUUAACCAAAAAUAUUAACUUAUGACUUUAUAAGCAACAUUUUAACCUUUUUAUUUAAUGGGAGGGGUUAAAAGUAUUAUAAAUGCAUUUGUCACUUGUUUGAGUAUUGAGCCAUCAGAAGUAUUUAAACAUGAAUCCUGUUAGAUCAAUCCAUCUUUAGAUCACAACUGACAUGUUUUGAGAAUGAAGAGUAAAAUUUUUAGAAAGAUCUCUGUAGUUUUUUCAUCAAAGACUAAUAUUAUAGCUAUUAUCUUUGUCCAAUUCCUUGAUUGGUCAAUUGGCAUCACAUCCCAAGUUGAAAAGAUGCUGAAUUGAAGGAUAUGAUAGUUUAGACAGUAAUCAGCAUUAUGGGAAUGUUUAUAUUUUACCAUUCAGUGCUUGUAUCGUGCCCCUGUGCACACUCCAGGCAAAUGAUAAAUACCCAACAGAUAACAUUCAAAUGCAUGAAGUAGGAUAGCAUAAUAUCAAGCAACUUUGGGGAUAUUAUCUUUUUCAUUGGUUGAUGGAAAAUACCACGGAACAAUUGUAAUCUGUGUUUAGGGAAUAAUGGGAAGUUAGAAAUUCAUGAAACAGUAGCUAAUCACAUAGUACCAUAUCUGCCCCAUGAGACUAAUAUGUCAAUAUAAGAUAAUUGUGUAAUCAUGUUGCAGUUGUUGGAAUACUUAAGAGGACAAAAAAA